AUGGCUUCUUCCUCUUCGCCUUCCCCCUUCUUUCCGUCUUCUUCCCUCGGGGCUGCGCAAGUGACCACGAGCCUUUUCUCUCAACAGGAAGAGCGCGACAGGCACGGCGCGGUCCAAGGAGCACGAUGGGGUGCGGGAGAGCCCAGAAGCCCAGGACAUCUCCGAAGGCACUCGCGUCUCUUUUACCGGAUUACACUCCAGGCUCCAGACGGGGAGACGAAGGAACUGGAAUGCUCAGAGGACGAAUACAUUCUUGAUGCAGCCGAGGCAGCCGGCAUGGAGUUGCCUUACUCCUGUCGAGGAGGCUCGUGUAGCACAUGCGCAGGCAAGCUGGUGAAGGGGUCCGUAGAUGGAAGUGAACAAGUUUAUCUGGACGACGACCAGCAGAAGAAAGGUUACGUUCUGCUCUGUACCGCGUACCCGAAAGAAGACUGCACGAUUUUGACUCACCAAGAAGACAACCUCCACAGUGAGGGUGGAGAAGAAGACCAGGAUGCGCCUCCGUCCUCCGACGGCUCAUGA